GGGAAGGAAGCCGGGAGGGUGGAAGGGUUUCCGUACUUUUGUUUUCGUAUGCGUGUGAUUUGGAGAGCUCAUUUUAGUGUAAGAAUCUGGGAGAAGCCCAGAGAAAAAGUCCGGCCGUUUCUGAGCUGUUUGCUCCGACUGCAGAGCUCCCGCGCGAAUACCAUGCACCCAUUUUUGGUGCUGGAUGCUAGCCAAUUAGUGCCAUAUUGAAAUGCAGGGCACGCGGUAAGGAAGAGCAGAGCUCAUUAAGCGGCACACUUGCAGUGUUUACUUAGUGCAAUAUAGCUUAACUUGGAUUUAGGGUAUAACCAAAAUGUAGAAUUGCCAGAUUGGGGAAGGGUAUUCUCGUAAGCAGCAAUUUCCAGAAUUUACGGUAGACAGGGAAGGGAGAGGACUUGGAACAGUAAAGCAGCCUACAGUUAUUGCUGUAGCUGUCAUGAGCGACUAGCUGCAGGAGCAACAAAAUAAUCUUAAAGGCUAGCUGCAGCACAGAUAAACACGGGUUCCAGGUUCAGACCUCAUUUGUAGAGGCGUCUUUGAGAAUAGAGUGCUGACUCCACAAUACUGCCGACCCAUAAAGAUAACUGCUCUGCUCCAGAAGCCUGCUUGAAGAGACCUAUUUAUAGUAGCUUUGGGUAGCCUAGUCUGGGCUUUCUGAUUGGGUCAAAGUAGAGAAACGUGGUAGCCAAUGAAAAGACAGACCUUCAAGUGUCGUUUACAUUGGCAUUUGUGACGACACACUAAAAUUAAUCCAAUCAUAAACGAAAUCUUAUUAACCUCAUUUGAAUACCGCGUCUAUAAAUGAACCUGGCUUCGCUGGGGGUGAUUAUUUUCCCAGGUGUUCGGGAUAGUGUAGUUUUUUAGUGCUGGGAUGCCUGAACCCACGAAAUCCGCUCCAGCCCCAAAAAAGGGCUCCAAGAAGGCGGUGACCAAGGCGCAGAAAAAGGACGGGAAAAAGCGCAAGCGCAGCCGUAAGGAGAGUUACUCGGUGUAUGUAUACAAGGUGCUUAAGCAGGUCCACCCCGACACGGGCAUCUCCUCGAAGGCCAUGGGCAUCAUGAACUCGUUCGUCAACGACAUCUUCGAGCGCAUCGCGGGCGAGGCCUCUCGCCUGGCGCAUUACAACAAGCGCUCGACCAUCACCUCCAGGGAGAUCCAGACGGCGGUGCGCCUGCUGCUGCCGGGAGAGCUGGCCAAGCACGCCGUGUCCGAGGGCACCAAGGCUGUCACCAAGUACACCAGCUCCAAGUAAACUUGCCAAGGGAGAGAUAUGAAUGCAGAGAAGAAAUCAAUGCAUAAAAUAACUGCAAAUAUGAAUCUAUUCAUAGAAGUUAUGAAAUAUGAAAAGUCUGAUCUGCCUGAGAAUGAUUGACUAGUGUCAUACAGUAUCCCAUCCAAAUCCAACCCAUCCUGGUUUGCUGUACACUGAUUCAACAAAAGAUCAUUACCUGAGUGGAAGAAAGUAAACAAGGUUUUCAGCUUUUUCAUUUUAUUUUUUGAGUUACAAAAAUAGAAUUUACUACUGUACAGAACUAGUUACUGGGAAUUCAUUAUUUACCAUGGACUACCUUUGCAAGGAAAAGCCUGAAUGAGAGGAUGGCAGAAAGUCUGUAAAUGAAAUGUUAUAAUUAAUAUUAAUAAAAUCUUCAGAGAAUUGAAA